AAGCGAACUUUGUUGCAUCUAAAGACAUUUGUUGGAAGUUUCCUCGCCUGCGGACUGCACGACUGACUGCAGAUCUGAACCAGUCGGUGUUUUCACGGUGUCUGAAAUGUGACUGCGGCUCUGAUCUAAAUUACUCCAUAGAAGAAGACGAAAUCCAGAGGAGGAGAGAAACAGGAGGAGUUCGCGUGUGCGCUUCGCUGUGACAGACGCGCGCUUGUGAAUGCGUCUGGAUGCGAAAAGCGCGCGCAACAGGAGCGACUCCAACCUGCGCGUUUCUCCAUCUCAGACCUGAUGCUAUACGCCAUCUGUUCGCUUUACCUGGCACUCACAAUACCUGCUUUCUCCAUGCUUCAGCAAUGAAUUUUUCAACCAACGAAAGCGACCCUUUUGGUCGGAACGAGGAGGUGGCCAAGCUAGAGAUCACGGUGCUGAGCGUCACCUUCGCCGUGGCCGUUGCGGGAAACCUCAGCGUCCUGGCAGCGAUAUGCAAGACGAAAAAGAAGCCGUCGCGCAUGCACCUCUUUAUCAAGCACCUGAGCCUGGCAGACCUGGUAGUGGCCUUUUUUCAAGUGUUACCGCAGCUGUGCUGGGAGAUCACAUUCCGCUUCUACGGUCCAGACUUUCUGUGCCGGAUCGUGAAGCACCUCCAGGUCAUGGGUAUGUUUGCAUCCACUUACAUGAUGGUGAUGAUGACGGUGGACCGCUACAUUGCUAUAUGCCACCCAUUGAAGACCCUGCAGGUGCCCACACGCCGGUCCUACGUCAUGAUCGCCAGCACGUGGUUGGGCAGCCUUGCGCUCAGCACACCACAGUACUUUAUCUUCUCCCUCAGCGAGAUCCGUAAUGGCUCAGACGUCUACGACUGUUGGGGCCACUUCAUCGAGCCUUGGGGCAUCCGCGCCUACAUCACCUGGAUCACUGUGGGCAUCUUUCUCGUGCCCGUCGUUGUGCUGAUCAUAUGUUACAGCUUCAUAUGCCUCAGCAUCUGGAGGAACAUCAGGUGCAAGACCAGAAACAGGGCAUGCAAACACGGGCUAACAGGGAACAGCUCUGUGAGCAGUGUGACCACCAUAUCUAGAGCCAAACUUAGGAGCGUCAAAAUGACAUUCGUCAUCGUUCUGGCGUAUAUAAUCUGCUGGGCGCCGUUUUUCACCGUGCAGAUGUGGUCUGUUUGGGAUAAAAACUUCCUCUGGGACGAUUCGGAGAACACGGCCGUGACGCUCUCAGCCUUGCUGGCGAGCUUGAACAGUUGCUGUAACCCCUGGAUCUAUAUGAUCUUCAGUGGGCAUCUCCUUCAGGAUUUCACACACUGCUUCCUUUGCCGUCAGAAAACGCAAAGAAAUGACAAGAAAGAUGAUUCAGACAGCAGCAUAAGGAAGACCACUCUACUCACCAGGAUCCCCAAUCGGAGUUCCAUAUGUGGUUUAAAUGAUCUUGAGCAUCCCUCGAAAUCUACUCAGCUGGAGACGUGAUGCUCUUUCGAGUCACGUGUUUUCAAAAUCCUGAUGGGAACUGGGUGAUCAUUUGUGUCAAGGCUAUGCAGUAAAUCGCAAGAAUAGAGAAAGCACGAAAGUUAUAAUCAUCGAGAACAAGAUAUUUCUGUGCCCAUCAAAUAAGCUGGUUCAAAAUGAAUUGUGGCUCCAGUGAUCUUCAAGCCAAUACACACUAUAACUGUGAAAUACAAAAAUGAAAUGAAUUGCGUUUGAAAUACAAGUUGUAAUGUAAAAAUCUGCAGGAGUGGAAAACAGAAAAAAAGGUGUUAUUGACUGUGAUGAAGUGCUCCGUGUUCCUCCGUGUUCCUCCGUGUUCCUCCGUGUUCCUCCGUGUUCCUCCGUGUUCCUCCGUGUUCCUCGUCUUCUGAGAACGUUUCAGUUGAAAGCGUGAUACGUGUCGUUUCAUUUGUCCUCUGCCACUACGAACCCUAUUCCUUCCACACAAAUAACACCACAUUUCAGUCUGUACAAAUGUACAGCAAUUUUACUGCAUUAUUUAUCGAUCUAAUGAACAUAACAACUGCAGUCAACAAUCACAUGGGUGCUAUUAUGAGAAGCUGUUAAUGCCAGUUUGUAUAGAGAACAGAAUUGUGUUGAUAAUUGGGGUUGUGUUAGCAAUCUCUUUUCUUAGAGAUGAUAGUUAGAUGAUUUUAUCAGUUUAACUGUGACUUUAAAAUUUUAUUCAUCUUGUCGUUUGUCUGUCGAAGCUGAAGUAGAUGUACAACUGGAUUAAAUUACUAAAUAGCAGCUAACGCAAUGUUUUUGUAGCCCGUAUCACAUUUUCUACAUUUGUAUGAACUGUUUUUUUUUUUUAUAAAAGUGUAACAUAUAUAGACAUCAUGAAGAAGCAUAUAAAAUGAGUAAUGUUGGUUGAGGUGAUGUUCUUGCAGGUUCUGUUG